GCCGGCGCCGAGCCGACGCUCUAGCCCACCGAGUCUGACGUCGCGCCUCCAGCUGGCUCCAGUCCCGAAGCGCCCGCUUUUGGCUGCGGAUUCCGGAGGCGGGAGGUGUAGCCCUCGACCGCACGUCAGGCAUGGACGUGGACAGAACUUGCUCCAGCUUUCAGUCGGACUUCGAUUUCUGUCCGGAUUGCGGCUCGAUCCUGCCCUUGCCUGGGGCCCAGGAUGCGGUCAUCUGUACACGCUGUGGCUUCUCGGUCAACGUGCGGGACUUCGAAGGGAAGGUUGUGAAGACUUCAGUUGUGUUCCACAACCUGGGGAGUGUCGUGCCUAUGUCUAUGGAGGAAGGACCUGAGUCGCAGGGACCCAUAGUUGAUAGGCGCUGCCCACAAUGUGGUCAUGAAGGAAUGGCCUACCACACCAGACAGAUGCGCUCAGCUGAUGAAGGGCAAACUGUCUUCUACACCUGUACCAAAUGCAAGUUCCAGGAAAAGGAAGAUUCUUGAUCUGUUUUUCUGGACAAGUCAACAACACCUCCCUCAUCCAUCCUCUUUGGUUGCAGUACUUUGCUCCCAGAGAAAUGUCUGGAUCAUCAUUUGGAGACUACCAUUGUCCCCCAAAGAACUCUUACCCCUACUUGAGUUUAUUAAAAUUAUAUUUUUCUAUAAAA